AUUUGGCUUCACUUGCAGAGGCAGUCUGUGUGCUGGCCAACAGUUUACUGAGAGCUGGAGGUUUCCAAACUUCACUUCUGUGGAUCUGUGAAUGAAGUCUACAUCGGACAGAGUGGGAGCUCACUUGUGAUGGCGCAGGACAUUACCAGUUUAACUGGAGAGGACUGUUUUGAGGGGAAAUCAUCCUGUUGUUCAGACACGGAUGCUUUGAGUCAAGGAGACAAAGAAUAUGAUGACAUUUUGGAGCUUAAUCAGUUCGAUGGCUUGCCUUAUUCCUCCAGGUUUUACAAACUGCUGAGAGAAAGGAAAGAGCUGCCAGUGUGGAAAGCAAAGUGUGAUUUCAUGGACACUUUGGCUAAAGGACAGUUUGUCAGUGUCAGUGGCUCUGCUAAAACUGGGAGGAGUUCUCAAAUUCCCCAGUGGUGUGCUGAAUUCUGCCUGUCAGUCCAGUUCCAGCAUGGCGCAGUGGUUUGUACCCAGAUCCACCCACAGCAGGCAGUGGAUCUCGCCCUAAGAGUGGCAGAUGAGAUGGAUGUCAACAUUGGCCACGAAGUCGGGUACAGCAUCCCUUUGGAAACAUGUUGCACGAAUGACACAGUCCUCAGGUACUGCACAGAUGACAUGCUCCUGAGAGAGAUGAUGUCAGACCCUUUGCUCGAGCGCUACGGGGUUGUAGUCGUGGACCAGGCCCAUCAGAGGACCGUAGCCACUGAUGUCCUCCAGGGUCUGCUGAAGGACAUCACCCUGCAGAGGCCAGAGCUCCGCGUGGUCCUCUUAGCCGCUGCUGAGCCCGAACCCAAGCAGCUGGUCCACUUCACUGGGUCAGCGGUGCCUCUGAUUCGCCUGGAGAGCCCAGGUGCUGGGGAAGUGGUGUACAGCAGCACAGGUGACAGCUACUUCUGCUCUGCGCUCCGUCUGGUGCUGGAGAUCCACCGCUCUGAAGAGGAAGGAGAUGUGGUUGUGUUUCUGGUGACGACGCAGGAGAUAAAUCUGGCACAUGACAUCCUGUGUCAUGAGGGGCACAGCUUACCCCCUCAUCUGGGUGAGCUCCUACCUGUUGCUGUGCAUCCCGGCCAACCUGGGAAUCUACCAAUCCUGGGUGAGACGGAGGCAGGCCGGACCCGAAGAGUUUUCCUCACAUCCAGCCCAAAUGAGGAUUUCUUCUGGGCCAUUAGCUCGAUCGGCUUUGUCAUUGAUGCUGGGCUAGAGAAAAGAUAUGUUUAUAACCCUAGGAUCAGAACAAACUCAGUCAUUAUUCAGCCAAUCAGCAAAAGUCAAGCCAAGAGUCGCAAACAGCUGGUGGGUCCGACAGGCAGGUGUUUUUGUCUGUACCCAGAGAACAGACAGCUCCCCGUGGAGACUCGCCCACAUAUCGUGGAGUCUGACAUCACUUCCACUGUGCUCUUCUUGAAGAGGAUGGAGAUCGCCGGCCUACGCAACUGUGACUUCAUCGACAGGCCAGACCCUGGAGGCCUGAUGCAGGCUUUGGAGGAGCUGGACUACCUGGCAGCUCUGGAUAAUGAUGGUAACCUGUCCGAGAUGGGCAUCAUCAUGUCUGAGUUCCCCUUGGAGCCCCAAAUGGCCAAGACUCUGCUCGCCUCCUGUGAGUUCGACUGCGUCAGCGAGGUGGUCGUCAUUGCCGCCAUGCUAACAGCACCAACUUGCUUCGUGAUCCCUUCUGCGGACCUGAAACCAGAGGCAACCCAGUGCCACAUGAAGUUCCAGCACCCAGAGGGAGACCACUUCACUCUUAUCAAUAUCUACAAGGCCUUUAAACAGUGCCAGCAGGACCCAUACUGUAAUGUGGAAAAGUGGUGUCAGGGUUUCUACCUGAACCAUGCUGCUCUGCUCAUGGCUGACGCUCUUCAUGCUGAGCUCAUUGACACUCUGAAGAGGAUCGAGCUGCCCGUCUCAGCGCCCGCCUUCGGCUCCCGAAGCAACACCCUCAGCAUUAAGAGAGCCCUGCUGGCGGGUUUCUUCAUGCAGGUGGCACGGGAUGUGGAUGAAUCAGGGAACUACUUCAUUCUUACCCAUAAGCAUGUGGCACAGAUCCAUCCUCUGUCAGGCUACGGAGCCAAAAGCCCCAAGCUGGGCCCGCCUGAGUGGGUGCUGUUUCACAAGCACUCCUUCUCCGAGGACAACUGCCUCCGCACUGUAACCCACGUAACACCGGAGCAGUACCUUCAGAUGGCACCACAGUAUUUUUUCUACAAUCUACCAGCUAGUGACAGCAAAGACAUCCUUCAAAAUAUUUUGAAUCAUGGAACUUCUCCAUACCAAGAGGAGAAACCUCCCAUCUCCCAAGGGGAGUCCCUGGAGGACCAGACUUACGACCGCUGUGUCAUACAGUGAAUCACUGACUGACCCAGUAGGACUUGCACUAUAUUGCACAGAAGAACAUUUUGUGAAUAGCUGUAGCUGAUCAUAAGAUAUAAUUUUCUUUCAUCUGAGCCUCAUUUGUGUUACUAUCACAUCCUGUGUUUAUCUUUGCAUAGCUGAUUUUUGGUGUGUGAUUACAUUUAAUCCUCCUAUUCAACAAAAAAAUGGUUAUUAAGUUGUUCAGAGUAAUUUUCUUAUACUUGUUUCAUUUAUCCCAGUGCGGUUAAUAAUUUAGUUGUUCUGCUCCUGCUGAGCAUUUUUAGUUAAAGUGGGUCUCCACAUCAGGCUCCUCUUUUUCACAUCUUACGUGGUGGUGACAGUCACUGUCAGUCACCCACAGCACCGGGGCUCCAGCCUGAUUAAUGAGGUGCAGGGGCAGUUUGGGCCUGCCUGCGGCUCCAUCUGGCAUGCAGUUCAGAAACAGUGAGGUGACCCAGUUCACUGACAGGAGUGGGCAACAUGGCCCUAAAAUCCAUCCAUCCAUUUUCUAUACCGCUUAUCCGUCAGGGUCGCGGGGGAGCUGGAGCCUAUCCCAGCUGAC